UUAUAGGAUAUCUACGCUCUGUUUAGCCAGUCGAGUUGCAACUUUCAAGGCAGCAAGUCGUAGUGCAGUGGCGAUCGUCGCGACAUCCUACGAAACACGAAAUGCUGCUCGGCGUCGGCGCGCGAGUGAUGCGUUCUACUGAGAGACGUAAUUUCGUAACCACGCGCAAUCGGCUGCAAACACACGUUUUGCACUAUAGCAAUUCUUGAAAGAGCUCGUAAAGGACAUGGCAACAAAAAAUAAUGCCAUUGCCUUCAUCGACGGUGCGAUAGGAUCGAUCCAAAUUAAUCUCAAUGAAACACACGUAAGAUAUCGCGCAAAGUUAAAGGAGAAACUUCUCUUUAAUGCGUCAUACCAGACUGACUAAUCGGAGAUAAGUGUGAAACAAAUCUUCUCUUACACGCACAGAAUGAUGUAAUCUACACUAACCGGAAAACACAAAUAAGCUAUCCUUCCUAGAACUGCACCUUAAAGAGGCUGCAAUAUAUUUCAAUAAAGAGAACUUUUAUUUUGUUAAGAUAUAAAACGGUAUGUGUACAUGAAUAACGGACUGAGCAUUGAUCGUUAGUAAACGGAAGUGUAAGAACACCAUGAAAUAACCAAGUAAUUGACUUGGCUCUUUACUUACUACUCACUAUUCAUUAUUCAUUAUAAUUCUAAAUUCUAAUAACUCUAAGAAGCCUAUUGAGUUACCAAAAAGUUUUAUCAGAAGAAAUUAUACGAAUUGUAGUAAAUUAUUACAACUUUAUUAGAACUAGAUAAGAUAAGAUAAGAUAGGAUGUAUUACGUGUCUCGUUUUAAUAACGUGAGUAAUACGCGAGUCUUUCCGUCUUUCCGUGUUUCUUAGGCUAACUAAACCUAAGUUGUUAAAAAGAAACGAGUUUUCUUUUUACAACUCUUACCUUCCCUUCUGCACGGAGAACGGAAUUGUACCUACGAUAUUUCAUCAAACCGCAUCGUUGCGAGAAAUUCCUUCCGUGAUUGAAGUUAUUUUCUUCUUCACUGUCUCAUCAAUGCUCGGAGAUUACUCGUACAAAACUUUCUUCUGUUAUAGAAUAGCAACUAAUAGACAUGAAACUAGAUACAAACCCCGUUAAACAUAUGUAAAUAAAGUUUAACAAAUUAUGUUAGAGACAGUUGCAACUGCACGAAAUAUAACUUGAAAACUUAUUCUGAAUUCAUGGAUACGGUAUACCGUGUUGAAUGUUUAACGGGAGGAUUAGUGCUGUGCAUAUCUAGUACGUUAGUAUCUCGGUUAACUUUACAAGAAAUGCAGACGACAUAUCUUCAGAAGAGCAUCGCCAAAGCAAUGAAGAAAAGAUCGUGUCUUUUUAUCAGCCUAAUUAUGGCAACGACUUUGAUAAUCUGUUUCUUCUCGACCGCUUACGACGAUUUUCAAAUUCACAACAUAUUUCUCAAGAUAAUUCGCGAAGAGGAUUAUUUUGCAAAUGAAACCGCCAGAGCUAGGACGUAUAGAGAAAGAGGCAUAAAAACUAUUCUUCUGUGGAACACGUUGUUCGGUGAUAGGAACUUUUAUUUUGGAGAUGGCGACAUUUUCCGCGAUUGUUCCUUCAAUAAGUGCAAAGUCUUUAACGAUCGGGAUUAUUUGUAUGUGGAGGAUUACGACGCGAUUCUUUUCCACGGUAACGAGAUGAACGAAUAUGAAGUGCCACAGAAGAGGAAGGCGACGCAAUUUUACGUAUAUGUUAAUUUGGAAAGUCCAGCCAAUCGAGAAAUACAUCCCAAAUAUCAGAAGAACUACUUCAAUCUCACGAUGACAUAUCGACUCGAUAGUGAUAUACCCUGGACUUAUGACAUCAUAGAAGCUGUAAAGAGUGGCGAGUUCGUCGCACCCUCAAAGGAUGCUGACUGGAGCGCUAUCCAAAAUAAUACAAGUGCAAGGAACGCGGUAGAUGAAGUGCCAUCUGCGAUAUUGGACACCGUCAGGGGUAAGAGCAAACCGGUAACUUGGUUUGUAAGCAAUUGCCAUGCCAAAAGUGGCCGACUGGAGUAUGUGCAGGAGCUGUCGAAGCACAUAGACGUCGAUAUUUAUGGCAGAUGCGGCAGAUUUAGCUGCAAGAGGGACCGAAACUGUUUUAGCAAUAUAGUCGAGGCCGACUACUUUUUCUAUCUAUCCUUCGAGAAUUCCUUUUGCGACGAUUACGUGACGGAAAAGCUGAUGAAUCCGCUCAGGUAUAAUGUCGUCCCAGUGGUUUACGGAGGCGCCAAUUAUAGUCAGUUCGCACCGCCGAAUUCUUAUGUGAAUGCCUUGGACUUUGAGAGUCCGAAGGAACUCGCCGCGUACUUGAAAUAUCUCUCUCAGGAUCUGCAUCGAUAUCAAAGCUUUUUACAAUGGAAAAAAUAUUAUCGAGUCAAUGUCGGAACGAAGCGGGCCGUUUGUACCCUUUGCGAGGUGCUGCAUAAGCAGAAAAAACCGAAAAUGUAUUUGGAUUUAUCGGAUUGGUACGCCAAAGAUAAAUGUCCUAUUCAGACGUUUCUAGAUAAUAGUGUCGAUAAAUACGCAACGAAACAUACGAUAAUCGCGGACUGAAAUAAAGGAACCAGAUUGUAAAAUGAGAAAAUGGAAACAUUAAUAGUAUAGUUAAAUAAAAAAGAUUUAAAAGAGAAUACCAUAUGAGAUAGUUAAACUUAAAUAUUGACUGUAAAUUGACAUGUUCCUGGAUUUAACUUUGCAUGUGUGUAUAAUGUAUAAAUAAUGUAACAAUUACAUUUUCAAUUUGUCACUUUAUACUUUCGUUGAUCGGAAUCCAACUUUAAUUUUAAAAUACUUUCCAAAUCCAUCUUAUAUUUCCAAAUUGAACAUGACUUUACUAAAAUGUAUCAGUAUUAUUAGCUUUGAUUCAUCUUAAUUUUGGAAACUUUGAUUUGAAUUCGUAAUUAAGCCUGUACGUGAUAAUUAAGAUAUCUCUCCGUUCAUUCGUUAUCCAAUUAUGUAUAUUGAGCGUUUCCAAGUCUGUAACAAGAUGAACAACGAUGCGCAGCUUCGACGUUUGACUUAUACAUCGAUAAUGGGUCAUUAGGCCGAGCCUAUAUAGUACAUCAAUAUAUUCACUACUCGCUUGAUUAGUCAAGAUCAAAGCGGCCAAGCUCCAUCGCCCUAACAUUGCUAUGCUCCGAGAAUUUGAGUAAGACAGAUAUGUGAUUCAUUUCAUAUCCAUAAAGGAAUUUUACCAACUUACGAAAAUUACAUAUUAUUGAAAAUUCCAACGAUAUUUAAUAGACUGAACGUGAAUGUAAAACAUAUUUGUAUGAAAGACUGACGUUAAACAUUUCACCAAAAAA